GUUGUCAGCGGAUUUUGUUUGUACGAGAGGCCUGCUCAGCAGAUUGCUCGUUUUGCCAUUCGAACGGAACGAUGAACUUGCGCUGAUUGUUACCAAGUUCAGAGGCACGUACUUCUUAUGUGAGGUCAAUACACCUAAGCCAUCAUACCCCAUGCAAGAAGAAAUGUCCAAAUGGGGCUACAAAUUUGAACAGUAUGUCACUGCAGACAAAGAAACAGGGGAACCAGAUCUCUCCAAGCCCAUCAAUACAAAUGAACAUUUCUAUUCUGUGCUGCGCUCUCAAAUAGGGCCACAUUCACUGGUUUGUCGUGGGGAGGUGGACUGCGAGGAUCUUACACGAGAAGAAGGGGACAGAUAUGUGGAGCUGAAGACCUCUGUACUCCAAGAUACUCCGAAACGUAAAAUAAAUUUCCUGAGAUUCAAGUUGAUCAAGUGGUGGGCACAGAGUGUUCUGGCAGGGGUCUCUGUAGUUAUGUGUGGCUUCAGGGAUAACAAUGGAAUGGUCCGAUCGCUCGAGAGCUAUGAAGUGAAGGAAAUGCCCGCGUUGGCAAAGAACCCUGCUGUGACGGGCCCCUGGACACCAAACGUCUGCUUCAACUUCCUGGAAGCGUUCUUUGACUUUGUCAAAGCAAACAUCACCGAGGACAAUGAGAACUGUGCCUAUGUGUUCCGUGGAAAGAGUGACAAAGUAGGCAUGACUUUCGAGAAGAGGGAGAACGAGGAGGAAUUCAAGUUCCUCCCAGACUGGUUCAUCAACUGGGACGCUUGGGACAAUGCAGUGUGAGCUGAUUCCUCAGCGGCGAACUCACCCCCGUCUCUUUCAGCACGUAGUUAUUGCUACGUGGCUAGGGAAGGGGGUGGGCCGAGCUUGGUGGCCCUCGGAGCUAAAUCAGUGAUCUGACAUUCUUUAUGGUUAAUUUACUGUUUGAUGGAUUGCCACCUUAGACUAGAGCCUGCUUUUUCCAUGGAACAUAAUUUCUCCUUAAUUUACAUGCCUAAGGACAAUACAUAUAUAUAUAACUUUUCUAUGCAUUCUGGUUUACCAGUAUUUUCUGUAAUUGAUAACAUAAUGUGGUCAUUGUGAAUGAAGGAGAAGAAAAGAGAGGUAGAGGACAGGGGAGUGGGGGAGGAGCAGACUAGAGGAUAACUGUCCUUCACACUGCUUGCAUGUUACAGUUGGCCCCACUUGUAACAGUCACAGUUACUUUAUAACAGGAUUCUGCCAAAAGCAGGCUUAUAAUAACUGAGAUAGGACCAGUUAUGUUCUCAACUAGAGAAAAGCACACCAAGUUAAUAUAUAUAAUAUAUGCCUACUGUAUAAUUGUUGGUUGUUUUAUUAAUAUGCAUAGUAGUGAACUGAGAGUUCCACAGACUUUUGAGCAGUUUUCUUUGAAUGUUAUGCUUGAUGUUUUUAAUCUAAUCAAUUUCUGACUUCUUUUUUUUUGCAUGUGCAUGCUUCAAACUUUUGAUGGUAGGAAGAAUACUUGAUGUUUUCUAUAAAAAUCAAUUUCUUACCUGCGCUUUUUAUAUAUUUUUAAUUGAUUUCUUCAUUUGCAUGUACAUUGUAUCAAACUGUUUAUGGUACCGUAAGAAGACUGUUAUCCAAAGAGAUUGGGCCUGUGAGUAGUUUGCGAUUUUUUUAUCACAGUUAUUAAAUUUUACUGCAUCCAUUCA